GGGAAAUUGCGGAUGGAAUGGAAACCACUGCUGAACAAUGCAAAAAGAAAAUAAUAAGCCUCUUGGCUUCUUUCCGCCGGGAGAAAAAUAAAACAAAGCAGGGGACUACUACAGGAAAAGGAAGAGAUGAAGUUUAUUGCAGCAGAUGGUUUGCCUAUGAAGCGUUUAGGUUUUUAGAAGACAGAGAUUUGCCACGAAAAAGACUUGCUACGGAGCUGGAUGAUGUUAACGAAGCUGCCCUAUCUUCCGAACAAAUGGAACAAGAGGCGAUACCAGAGACACCUACGCUACCAUCUACCUCCAAAUCUACAAAGCGAUCAAAAACAAAACAAGAUAAUGUUUCCUCUCCAAUAAUGAGUGAUGCAUUUCAGAUUUUGAAGAAUGCUGCGAAAAAAAUGGACAAAGAGCCAACUCAACCCAGUGUAAUAGAUUUAUUUUUUAAUUUUGUUGCUGCAAAGGUUCAAAAAUACCCCCCUCCAAUACAUCAGACAAUUCAACAUGCCGUUUUUGACCUUAUUAUUAAAGCUGAUAGAGGAUUUCUUAAUCCGACUUCAAUUCAAUCUUACAAUGAUUCUCAACCUACUUCCUACAUACAGUCACAAGCUACCAAUCAUAUCAAUUCACAACCUACUUCUUCGAUGUAUUCCCAACCUACUUCACAUAAUCUAUAUUCUAAAUCUUCUGAAACUUAUUAUUCACAACCUCUGCAAGUAAUAACCGUUCCUUCAACUUCUGAACCAUCAUUGUCCAACCCAUCAUCGCUACAAUCACCUGUUUCGUCACUCACAUCAGAAAAUUAUGAAGAUUUUGUGUAACGUUUUUGAGUUCUAUUUUUUGUUUGUUAACUUAGUGGUGG